AUGCGACACCCAGUCCUGUCCUUCAAAGCAGUAGCCAUCCUCCCCCUCCUCAUCCCCUCACUCACGUCAGCACACAGCUGGCUAGACUGCACAAACAUGCUCGACUCUGGCACCUGCGCCGGCUUCCCUCUCGGCUACCCCUCCCGAGCCGACAUCGACAUCAACACUAAAUACACCUACCUCGUCCAAGACCGUCGCCCCGACGCCUCCGUCUGUCAACCAGGGCGACAAAACAUCCCUGGAAACAACCCUUACCCUAUCGCCAACGUCGUCCCCGGUCAACAAAUGCACCUCACCUGGCAACCCGAUGGGCAUCUUGACGAUAAUCGCCCUUCGACGAUUGAAGUCCAUUGGACAGGUGUCCCCGGGAAACAACUUGUUACACGUGCAGAGUUGGGGCCAGCAACAUUGUUGGGGACCAUGAUCUUUGGGACCAGUGGCAAUUGUGAUCAGCCCUCAGAACCCAACACUUGGUGCCAUGGGCAUAUCACGGUCCCUCCUGGGACUCAGCCAGGAACGUAUCAGAUCGUUUGGUGGUGGAAAUAUGAUAGGAACCCUGCUGGGGAGGAGUACUCGACUUGCUUUGAGAUGACCGUCAAUGGCGACGGAUCCUUCAUUCAAUCGAGGGGGGUUGACGCCAAGGAGCCUACGCAGGUUGUCGACACUACAUCUGCUACAGCUCAAGUCGACACUGAGCCUCAGCAAGCCGCCGUUGUCGUCAACAACGUACCUGAACAGGUGCCUACUGCGAUCCCAGAGACCUUUACUCCAGCACCAGCACCACAAGCUGCUCCAGAUGUAGACGCUCAAGUCCAAGUCCAACCACGACAACACCCAACAAUCUCUCAAGAACAGCAAGUCACCGUCCACACCGAACCCCUCCAACUCGCCUACAUGACCAUGGACACCCCACCCUCCACCGCCAAUGCGGCUGCACCCGAAUCCGCAAUCACAUCUACGUCCCAGGGUGGCGCACACCCCCCACGAGUUGACACACUCGCCGAUCUAUCCACAAAAGCCGAUCAGCCCCUCAACGUCGUCCCCAACGUCUCCAUCAUCCGCGAGAGCAAGAAGAACCACAAACAAGGUGAUGACUUCAGUAGUGACGACGUUGGGUCCCUCGCCGGCGAUGCUGUCAACGACCAUGAGGGUAACGAUACCUCCCCUUUGCCGCCUGUGAAACCCUCGGAGUUGAUCAACACUACUCUUUCUGAGAACAAGUCUGCCAAUUCAACAGCUCCUGCAGGCAGCAACUCAAAGACCAACAACACCGCGGCUGCUAUCGUUCCUGGAUCCCACCCUUCUUCGACCGACGCCUCGUCGAACAAGGACAGGGAAAGCUCUAUCAACCGCAACCUGGUCAGCCAAAUUCCUAACGUCGUCGACAAUGCCGCUCCUGCUGUGUCCCUCUCCACCACCGCAUUCCUUGUGUCAACUGUCCUUGCGACAUUCACUUGGAUGCUGGUCUAA